AUGGCAAGUUGCUGCCAGGAGAGUUCCGCUAGCUAUUUGGAUGCCUUGGCCUAUUUGGAGGACCCUGAGGGCGAGCGAAAACGUCGGCAGGAAGUGGAUGCCGAGGCAUACCGAGUAGUUGACGAAGUUGCAAGCCAGAUAGCGGAGGUUCUAGCUGCCAUGCGAACGGCCUCCAAGAAGGAGAACCUGCCGGCAUAUGUGGAGGCCCUCCACUACUUGGAGGACCCAGCUGAAGCGCGGCACCGCAAGAGGCGUCCCCAGAGAGAUGCCGAAAGGCCACGUCCAGUGAAUAGCCAGAUGACUUUGACGGCUGGCAGAAUGGCCACGGAUCGGGGUGGGCGCCUAGAGCGGAACUGGCUCUCGGUCAAUGACCGUGGCAUCGCAAUUUUCGGCCCCGCCGUAGGCACCAAUGAGAAUCCAGCGUACAUGCGGAAUGAGCUCCCAGCUCCUCUGUUUAGCAGCUGCCUUCGUGCCAUGUUGGACGUCUCAGAGAGCUGGGCUGUGGGGUUAGGUAAGGACCCUAAGUCGGCAGCGACCGACGAUUCUCAGUCUGAGGAGUGCGAUGCUGCAGUCAGGGAUCACAAAGCCAGCCGAAUCGCCUCUAGAGACGAUGCAACCAGCUGUGCCUAUGCAGAUGCCCGUGCAGCCCAUGCAGCCCAUGCAGCCGAUGUUCCUGCAACCCUCCAUGCAGAUGCCCGGCUACGUCUCUGCGUCCUGGGCUCUCAGCUGAGACUUUCGGGGCAUGGAUGGGCAGGGUCUGAUGCGCCAAGGCUGCAGAUGCCAAUGGAAGGCAAUCUUCGUGGCAUGGAAGUCCCCCAGAUGAUGCCCAUGUCAGCUUCAUAUCAGAGCCCGAUCCAAUGGCCUGCAGCUCAAAUGCCCGGAGCCCCAUGGCAAGUCACACGGUUGAAGCUGAAGAGCUGCAGCAUGGGGGCCCCUUGGCCCGUGCUUCAGGCUUUGCAACAGCAGCUUCUGAAUCUUAACAAGCAGCUGAAGCAAGUAAAGGAACAGGAGGAAAGCCAGGCCUCAAAAUUGCAAGCAAAGACUGCUGAAGCGGAUUCGGCGGACAAGAGGUUAAAGGAGGCAGAGCUUAAGCUGAAGGAUGCGGAUGCUGCGGCAAGGCAGCUGCAGGACAGAGAGCAAAAGGUCGAAGAUCAGGCCAUUUCCGCAGUGAGAACGGCCAAAACCCAGGUCUCGCAGGCCCAGAAAGAACUGAAGGAGAUGCAAGAUGAGCUGCGACAGGCACAGGCAGAUGCCAUUCAAGCACGUGCAGCACAAGCUGCAGCAGAGGAGCAAGUCGCAAAGUCGGAGAUGCUUCAAGCAACACAGGCACAGACGGACAUCAGCAAAGACAUGUUGGGCACCCUGUCCUCCGUCCGCCGAGCUUCGCUGGACGAUGGCCGGGCAGUUCCAGAUGAAGAGGUCGAGGAAGUCUUCAAACUCUUCGACCAGGAUGGCUCUGGCAUCAAGAUCAAGGAGAUCGGAACCGUGAUGCGAAGUCUGGGCCUGGCGGCCUCGGAAGCACAGCUGAGAGAGUUCAGGGCCGAGGCAGAGAAGAAGGACCAAACUUAUGUGCAAUUCCCAGACUUCCUUGGUUACGUGAAACGAAUGGAGAAGGUUGAGGCCACAAAGUCUGUGGAUGUGGCGAAGGAAAUGGAAGGUAUGAAGAUUGGCCUGCUGCACUUCUUCGACAAGUUGACGACGAAGCAGCUUCGAGAGAGCCCUUUGCCCACCAUCAAGAUUGCAGAUCUGAAGCAACUUGGACGAUGGAUGGCCACCUUGAUGUUAGGCGCUGUCUUUGUUGAUCAAACUUUGAACAUGUUGUUUGCUUUGUCCGAAUCUGCUGGAUUUUUCGCAGUUCUUCAAGCCGAUUUAAGGUUGCGCAGCUCAAAGUUCAGCUUUCUACUGACGAUCUUUGCGCUGUGCGUGCGGCACCUGUCCACCUUUUCCUUUGGAGGUGCAGUGCAUGGGCGAGGCUCUUUGGUGGCAAAAAUUCCCUGGAGGCGGCUGCCGUGGCACACUUGGCACACCUUGCGCCGAAGCGCCAGUCGGAAUGAGGAUGGCAUGGGCAACCAGACCGAGGAUCUCCCAGGCUCUAAGGCGGCCAUCUUGGCGUGGCUGGAAGACCGGGCAGCCACAGAGGAAGGACAGGAAAUUGGGACGUUGCUCUUCUUAGCAAAGUCGAAGAAUCGAGCAGCAGCGGCAGAGGAGGCUCUGGCAUUGGUAAAGACAAUGCUUUCAGCUGACAGUAUGGACCUACAGAAGGUCAAUGAUGCCAUUUUCUUGUGCCUCUACAUUUCUGCUGCGCAGGCGGGCACGUGGCUGGAAGCUGAUGCCUGGCCAGCCUCCUUUCUCUCCAAGGCCAGCGUCCCGGGCCUGCACCCAACGGAUGUGGUGCGGGCGGCACUGGCGGGGAUUGACCCUGAGGUGGUCAAGGAGGAGGAAACGCAGAAAAUCCUGGAUGCCUAUGUGACUGCAACGUGGGGAGAUGAGAGUCACCUCAUUGAGGACGAGACCUUUGAUGGGGUCAUGAUAUCAACUCCACCGCAGCAAGCCAGCAUACAGUAUUGUGUGGGUAUCUUGUGGGGCUACGCCCUACGAGGCAUGGUGAAACGCCUGGCCUUAGAUCGACAGUUGGGCACCGUUCCAGAGUCGAUUGCUGCCCAACGUUGGCAGUUGGAACGGGCCUUGGCCAUCGACUUCAACGAAUCUGGUGUGAAACCUGGGCCUCCGACGUUCAUGCAGUACGCCAAUGAGUUCUUUUCGCACCAAGACUGGGCAGACCUUUGCAAGCCCAGCAACGCUGCUGUAAUCCUGAUGGAAGCAGAGUUGCAGGAAGCGAUGCAUGCGAUGGCCAUUCUCUCCAGCGUCUCUCAGGAUGACAUGGAAGUGAUCUCCAGCUCAGAAGAGGAGUUUGAGAACGACUUCGAACUGGACCUGGUACUUCUGGACCAGGUUGAAUGGAAGGCCUUCCAAUACCGAGCGGUUGCUUUUGGCAGUUUGGUUGCCGAUGCCGAGGCCCUGGUGGAAGCAGAAGUAGCUCUAGAGCGCAACGACCAGUCGUGGGUCUCCAAGCUGGUGCAGACCCGGGUGCUCACCGACGUACGACCCGACCAGAGUCGUUUGGUUGCAGCCGGAAUACAAGCUCCAAUCCGGCGAGUGGUUCAAGCUCUAAAGGACAAAGUUCUGCAAAGCAAACUCACGGAAGCUCGAAGGAGUUUGUCCAAGAUGAUGUCCGACAGCGCAGCGGCAGCUGCCUUGGCCUCCGCAGCUGCUGCACAGCCCGAGUCCAGCGAGGAAUCGGAGGAUGGUGACAAAGCCGCGGAAGAAACAUGGGCUCUGCAGCCGCAGCGCUGCUGUGAGGAACUCGAGGAGAUGGCACGAGAAUUGCGGAACAGUUGCAAGAUCGAGGACCGCAGAGACGGCUACUUUGGGCUGUUGGGGCGGGACUACUAUGCCCUUCUGGGCAUUCCUCGAUCCGCAACCACGCGGGAAAUUCGUUCAGGUUACCAAUGGGCGGCAGCCAAGUGGCACCCGCAGAAGAAUCCCGCGGCCAAGGUGGAAGCUCAAUCGCGUUUCCGCGACAUCGCUGAAGCCUAUGAUGUGCUCAUAGACCCCUUGCGACGGCAACGGUAUGACGCCUAUGGUGAAGUCGGCCUCAAGAACCCUCCGUAUGGCCUCGACUUUGAUCCCUACCAGUAUGUAGGUGAUCCCUUCGAGCUCUUCAAGAACUUCUUUUCGUCCGCAGAUCCGCUGAGUGUGGCGUACGAGCCGGAGCUGGAGACUUUGCCCGUGAUCCCAUCGGCUGAAAAGGAGCCAACGAUAGAGUUGGAGAUCGAGUGCUCUCUGGGGGAGCUAAAGGAAGGCAACACCAGGUGUGUGGUGGUGGAAAGGACCCGACUUGGCCCUGGCUUCGCACCAUACCAGGAGAAGAAGGCGGUCACGUUGCCAAUCAGACCUGGAUGGCAAGCGGGAAUGAGGAUCAUCUUUAAGGGAGAAGGUGAUCAUAGUGACAAAGCCAAACAGCCUGGAGAUUUGGCAGUUCUCAUCAAGCAGAAGGCCUCACUCCUGAGUGAAGACUUGGAAACCUACAGCAACCAGUACGGCACCCAUGGUGCCAUCCAGAGGCUGCAAUUCAUCGCCUCGCAGACCUCCAAGACCAAUCUCAAGAUCGAUGCUUUGAAGCUUUGUUUGGAUCUUCUCAAGCGGACUACAAACUGCAAAGGGUACUGUGAAGCCCACAACUCCCUCAAGGAAUUGCUGGAAGGGAAUGAUAGUGCUGUACCCAUGUUCGACCAAGUUUGGGUGGAAGCCACCCAGAAGCAGAAUGGGAUCCUCAAGGAGCUCUAUGAGCAGGACUUGAGCCAAGCCAGAGGCUCGCAGAUGAAAGAGAACAUCCGAGCGUGUUACCAUCAGCUGACGAACCUUUGUUUGGAGCAGGGUGACUAUGCAGCGGCGGAGAAAUACCUGGCGAAGAGCCGGGAGUUCUGCGUUGAGCCGCAGGCAGUUUUUGCUACCUGCAUGACGAUCAUUAGACUUCGAGCUUUACAGCGCCAAUAUUCCGACAUUCAGAAUUUCACCAGCAAAGCGCACCACACGCCCUUCAAAGACGACUCCAGCCAGUCAAAGAUCUAUGCUGCCUAUGGAUUGUACAACAUGGCCACGGGCAGAUACAAAGAUGCAGCCACCAGUUUCGCGCAGGUGAAGCCGCAGGACCUCGGUACUGCCUUCUCUGACUUGCUGAGUCCUCAAGAUGUUGCUCUCUAUGGUGUUCUCUGUGGCCUUGGCUCGCUGGAACGGACAGAGGUCCAGCAGAAGUUCUUGGACUCACAGACGUUCCGCGAAUGCCUUGACAUGGCUCCGCAGAUUCGCGACUUGGCCAUCGACUUCUGCAGCUGCAGGUAUGCAGCUUGCUUGGCGUCUCUGGAGAAAUUGAAGGAGCCCCUGUCCUUGGAUGUACAUUUACAUGGGCAGGUUGCCAAUCUUUGCGAGCAGAUCAGGAACAAAGGUAUUGUGCAGUACUUUGCGCCCUUUCUGUCGGUGUCGCUUCAUCGGAUGGCGGAAGCCUUCAACACUGACGUUGAGUCUAUGCAGCGGGAGGUGGCCAAACUCAUCGGGCAGCGCCAGCUGGAAGCCAAGAUUGACUCGCAUAGGAAGAUCCUUCAUGCCAGCCAUGCAGACCAUAGGCGGUCCACGUACCAGAAUGCCUUGAGAGUCAGCGGGGAUUUCCUGGACAGCACUCACGGGCUGAUCCUGAGGAUGAACCUGCUGAAACAUGACUUUGGUGUUCAUUUGGUGAGGCAAAAGAAGUGA